UUCACAGCUUUUCCCUCACUCACUCUCUCUCAAAAACCCCAACACUUUUUCUGCUAAAAGAUCAAAAAAACCCACAAAGCCACUUCUUUUCUAACACCCUUUUAUUCACUGAACUCAUUUCUUGAGCUAGGGUUUCUUUAUUCUUGCUUCAUAUACCCCCACAAUGCAGUAGUUUCACUCCCACCAUUUUCUUGCAUUUUUUUCACUAGCAAAAAUGGUUAAAAAAAAUUCAGCUUUGAUUCUCACCCUUCUGCUUCUUUUUACUGUUUUCUGUUCAGUUUCAGCUACUUCUUCACCUUCAAAAAUCGUGAAUGUGUUUGUUUCAAAUGCUGUUACAAAGCUGAUGAAAUGGGUUUGGUCAAUCAAAUCCAGUACUAAAACUGUUAUAUCUGGGCGACCAAUGAUGAAAUUUGAGAGUGGGUAUAGUGUGGAGACAGUGUUUGAUGGAAGCAAACUUGGGAUUGAGCCUUAUUCUGUAGAGAUUAUGUCUAGUGGAGAGCUCCUCAUUUUGGAUUCUGCUAAUAGUAAUCUUUACAAGAUUUCUUCCUCUUUAUCUCAGUACACCAGACCUAGAUUGGUGGCUGGAUCAGCUGAUGGAUACUCUGGACAUAUUGAUGGAAAAUUACGGGAUGCAAGGAUGAACCAUCCGAAGGGUCUUACUGUUGACGACAGAGGGAAUAUCUACAUAGCAGAUACUGAUAACAUGGCAAUUAGGAAGAUAAGUGAUGCAGGGAUUACAACAAUUGCCGGUGGUAAAUGGAGCCGUGGAGGCGGGCAUGUUGAUGGACCAAGUGAAGAUGCAAAAUUCUCUAAUGAUUUCGAUGUGGUCUAUAUGGGAAGCAGUUGUUCCCUGCUUGUCAUAGACAGAGGAAAUAAAGCAAUUCGGGAGAUUCAACUCCAUUUUGAAGACUGUGCUUAUCAGUACGGUAGUGGUUUUCCGCUAGGAAUAGCUGUGCUUUUAGCAGCUGGCUUCUUUGGUUACAUGCUAGCGUUGCUGCAGCGAAGGGUUGGUACCAUGGUAUCUCCUGAAGAAGAUCAGAACACAUCGAUUUUCACCAAUCAAUAUCAGAAGCCAGCUAAGUCAUCAUUUAGGCCUCCCCUAAUUCCAACUGAAGGUGAGGAGGAGAAGCAAGACGAAAGCAUGUUUGGAUCUCUAGGGAAGCUAAUCAUGCGUACGGGAGCUUCAGUUUCUGAUGUUUUAGGAAAUGUAUUUCCUGUGCUGAAACGUACACCAUUGAGCCAUCAUCAAUAUCAACAGCAGCAGCAGUAUCAGCAACACACAUGGCCAGUACAGGACAGCUUUGUAAUACCAAAAGAAGAUGAGCCCCCAUCCAUUGAAACCAGAACACCUACUCCACGAAAGACUUAUGCAUUCAUGUCCAAAGAUUCUGAAAAAAUGCAACAGCUGAAGCAAAGCCGUGCUUUUUAUGGUGGAUGGAAUGCAGACAUUCAACAACAGCAACAGCAAACUCAGAAGCAGCUACAUCAUCAUCGAUAUCAUUCAUCCGGACCUCAAACAUUCUACGAGCAAAGCUCAGAGAACACAAAGGAAGUAGUUUUCGGAGCAGUUCAAGAACAAGGGCAGCGCGACACAGUUAUAAUAAAGCCUUUGGACCAUGCAAAUCCUGUUUAUGAUCGACAAAAUGUUCGUUCUCGGUUCAACUCUGCUGGAUAUUCUCAAGGCUAUUAAUCAAGUUACAUACAGAAACUUCAGGAGUUCUUAAAAUUGCUUCAUGAUGGCUUAGAAAUGAGAAAUAUAUCAUGCACUAACAGCCAUCAAAGUACAAAUUUUGGAGAGGAAGCCCAUUUUAGAAUAUAGCUUAUAAUGUUUAUCUAGUAGUCAAAAGUGUUGUAGUGAAUGCUGUGUAAGUGAGUUGAAAAUUAUUACUAGUACAAAAAAAUUGUUCUAUAUAUCUCAUGAUCUGAUCAAUUCCCUA